AUGAUAAUAGAAGAUCAGCGAUUUAUCCAUGAAGAUCUAGAGAGACUUGAGCAGGGGAUCAGUGAUCGAGUAGCGGACGAGCCCCGUAAUAUCCGAGAGCGGUUAAGCCGAGACCACCAGAUUGCAGGUUUCCUUAAUCGAAUCCAGCAACAAUCGGAAAGACUCCUGGAUAUUUACAAAGAUGCGGAAGGACUGCGAGCAAAGGAGGUCCAGGCCAUCUCAACCGGUGAGCCUUUUGAUGAAUUCUACAAACGUCUAGACGACAUCAAAGAUUUCCACCGACGAUACCCUAACGAGCAUGUUGAAAAUCUCGAGCGAGCAUACAAGAGAAGGCAUCCGGGGGAGAGUGAAGGGUUUGGAAUGGAAGUGGAAAAUAUGUUUACCGGAGAAGAAUCGUAUGGCCAGUUUUUCGAUCUCACGAAACUCCAUGAGGACUACCUCAAUCUACCAGGCGUGAAACGGCUCACAUACCUACAGUACCUUGACCUGUUCGACGCGUUCACACAACCUCAGCUACCCAUCAAGCGAAGCAACAAGCUCACUGAUAAAUAUUUCCAAUAUGUCGGUGAUCUUGCUGCGUACUUAGAGAGCUUUAUAAAGCGAGUUAAACCUCUGGAACCUCUUGAAAAGCUUUUUAAUGGUUACGAUGAAGAGUUUGAAAAGCUAUGGCAAGAAAGCAAAGUUCCUGGCUGGGAAGACGAAUCCACAACGGAAACCUCGUUUGUCCCGAAGACUGAAGGAACAGGUGAAGGAAUUUGGUGUACAGAUUGCGAGAGGGAAUUUAAAAACGAAAACGUAUACAAAAAUCACCUCACUGGGAAGAAACACAUCCGCGCUGCGGAGGCCCGUAAGGCUUCUGGAACUGCCAUCAAUGGCUCAGCACCCCGAACAAGCGGCGACGCUACAGUUCGUCGCUUGAAGGAGCGUGCAAUCGCGGAAAGAGAACACCGUGUUCGAUCGCUGGCCACAACCCUUAAGGAAGAGAGGAAUGCCACGCGCAUUAAUGUGGAGCGGAAGCAGGGAAUGACGGAGAGAGAGCGGCAAAUGGAGCUCGAUGCGCUGUUUGCAGAGAGUGCAGAGCCACCUGGGAUCCGUCACGGCGAUUCUGAUUCCGACAGUGAUAAUGAGGAGAGGAUAUACAAUCCCCUUAAGUUACCGCUGGCUUGGGAUGGAAAACCAAUCCCCUACUGGCUAUACAAGCUGCACGGCUUAGGGGUGGAGUUGCCAUGUGAAAUUUGUGGUAACUUUGUCUAUAUGGGACGACGCGCGUUUGACAAACACUUUUCAGAGGCUAGACAUAUCUACGGACUAAGGUGCCUUGGAAUCACACAGCAAACCAGUUUGUUCCGAGAGAUCACGAAAAUAGAGGAAGCGCUGAGACUCUGGGAGAAGCUUGAACAGGAUCGGAAGAAGGAGAAGGAGUCUCGAGAAAACGUGGUGCAAAUGGAGGAUGCUGAAGGAAAUGUGAUGCCAGAGCGAAUUUAUCUCGAUCUCCAGAAGCAAGGGAUCCUGUAA